AUGAUUAUUCCUAUUCGAUGCUUUUCCUGCGGGAAGGUGACGGGUGACCUUUGGGAGCGAUAUCUUAAGCUCAUUGAUGAAGGCGUCCUGGAUGGCGAUGCCAUGGACUCGCUAGGUUUGAAGCGAUACUGCUGUCGGCGAAUGGUCAUGACCCACGUUGAUCUCAUCGAGAAACUACUAAAGUAUACCCCUGACGGACGAAACGAUAAGAAGAUCCAACUACAGCAGAGAUAA